AUGGCCGCUCAAGGCGAGCCCGGCUACCUGGCGGCGCAGUCGGACCCGGGCUCCAACAGCGAGCGCAGUACCGACUCGCCCAUGCCCGGCUCGGAGGACGACCUGGUCGCCGGAGCGCCCCUGCACAGCCCCGAGUGGAGCGAGGAGCGCUUCCGCGUGGACAGGAAGAAACUUGAGGCCAUGUUACAAGCUGCUGCUGAAGGAAAAGGCAAAAGUGGGGAAGACUUUUUUCAGAAGAUCAUGGAGGAAACAAAUACGCAGAUUGCUUGGCCAUCAAAACUGAAGAUUGGCGCCAAAUCCAAGAAAGAUCCUCAUAUUAAGGUUUCUGGAAAGAAAGAAGAUGUUAAGGAAGCCAAGGAAAUGAUCAUGUCUGUCUUAGACACAAAAAGCAAUCGGGUCACCUUGAAGAUGGAUGUUUCACAUACAGAACAUUCUCAUGUAAUCGGCAAAGGUGGCAACAAUAUUAAGAAGGUGAUGGAAGAAACAGGAUGCCACAUCCACUUUCCAGAUUCCAACAGGAAUAAUCAAGCAGAAAAAAGCAACCAGGUAUCUAUAGCAGGACAACCGGCAGGAGUAGAAUCGGCCCGAGUUAGAAUUCGGGAGCUGCUUCCUUUGGUGCUGAUGUUUGAGCUGCCGAUUGCUGGAAUUCUUCAACCAGUGCCCGAUCCUAAUUCCCCCUCUAUUCAGCACAUAUCACAGACGUACAACAUUUCAGUGUCAUUUAAACAGCGGUCCCGAAUGUAUGGUGCUACUGUGAUAGUACGAGGGUCUCAGAAUAACACAAGUGCUGUGAAGGAAGGAACUGCCAUGCUAUUGGAACAUCUCGCCGGGAGCUUGGCGUCAGCUAUCCCCGUGAGCACGCAACUAGAUAUCGCAGCUCAGCAUCAUCUCUUUAUGAUGGGUCGGAAUGGAAGCAACAUCAAACAUAUCAUGCAGAGAACGGGUGCUCAGAUCCACUUUCCCGAUCCCAGUAAUCCACAAAAGAAAUCCACCGUCUACCUCCAGGGCACCAUUGAGUCUGUCUGUCUUGCAAGGCAAUAUCUCAUGGGUUGUCUUCCUCUUGUGCUAAUGUUUGAUAUGAAGGAAGAAAUUGAAGUUGACCCACAGUUCAUUGCUCAGUUGAUGGAGCAGCUCGACGUCUUCAUCAGUAUUAAACCAAAGCCAAAACAGCCGAGCAAGUCUGUGAUUGUGAAAAGUGUUGAGCGAAAUGCGUUAAAUAUGUAUGAAGCAAGGAAAUGUCUCCUCGGACUUGAAAGCAGUGGGGUUACCAUAGCAACCAGUCCAUCCCCAGCAUCAUGCCCUGCCGGCCUGGCAUGUCCCAGCCUGGAUAUCUUAGCUUCCGCAGGCCUCGGACUCACUGGACUAGGUCUUUUGGGACCCACUGCCUUAUCUCUCAAUACUUCGACAACCCCGAACUCACUUUUGAAUGCUCUUAAUAGCUCAGUCAGUCCUUUGCAAAGUCCGAGUUCUGGUACCCCUAGCCCCACAUUGUGGGCACCUCCACUUGCUAGUACUUCAAGUGCCACAGGUUUUUCUGCUAUACCACACCUUAUGAUUCCGUCUACUGCCCAAGCCACAUUAACCAAUAUUUUGUUGUCUGGAGUGCCCACCUACGGGCACACAGCUCCAUCUCCCCCUCCUGGCUUGACUCCUGUUGAUGUCCAUAUCAACAGUAUGCAGACAGAAAGCAAAAAAAUCUCUGCUUCAUUAAAUGGACACACACAGUCUCCGAAUAUAAAAUAUGGUGCAAUAUCCACUUCGUCGCUUGGAGAAAAAGUGCUGAGUGCGAAUCAUGGUGAUCCAUCCAGACAAACAACUGCAUCUGAGCAGGCAUCUCCCAAAUCAAACUCUGCAGAAGGUUGUAAUGAUGCUUUUGUUGAAGUAGGCAUGCCCCGAAGUCCUUCCCAUUCUGGAAAUGCUGGUGACUUGAAACAGAUGAUGGGUCCCUCCAAAGUUUCCUGUGCCAAGAGGCAGACAGUAGAACUGUUGCAGGGCACAAAAAACUCACACUUUCACACUGACAGGUUGCUCUCAGAGCCUGAGCUGAGUACUGCAGAAAGCCCUUUGGCUGACAAGAAGGCUCCAGGGAGUGAGCGUGCUGCAGAGAGGGCUGCCGCUGCCCAGCAGAACAAUGAAAGGGCCCGCCUUGCCCCACGGCCAUCAUAUGUCAACAUGCAGGCAUUUGACUAUGAACAGAAAAAGUUAUUAGCAACCAAAGCUAUGUUAAAGAAACCGGUGGUGACGGAGGUCAGAACACCCACAAAUACCUGGAGUGGCCUCGGGUUUUCUAAAUCCAUGCCCGCUGAAACUAUCAAGGAGCUGAGAAGGGCCAACCAUGUGUCCUAUAAGCCCACAAUGACAACCACUUUUGAGGGUUCAUCAAUGUCCCUCUCGAGGUCCAACAGUCGUGAACACCUGGGAAGUGGAAGCGAAUCUGAUAACUGGAGAGACCGAAAUGGAAUAGGACCCGCAAGUCAUAGUGAAUUUGCAGCUUCUAUUGGCAGCCCCAAGCGUAAACAGAACAAAUCAACGGAGCACUAUCUCAGCAGUAGCAAUUACAUGGACUGCAUUUCCUCGCUGACAGGAAGCAAUGGCUGUAACCUGAACAGCUCUUUCAAAGGCUCUGACCUCCCUGAGCUCUUCAGCAAACUGGGCCUGGGCAAAUACACAGACGUCUUCCAGCAACAAGAGAUCGAUCUUCAGACGUUCCUCACUCUCACAGAUCAGGAUCUGAAGGAGCUGGGAAUUACAACUUUCGGUGCCAGGAGGAAAAUGCUGCUUGCAAUCUCAGUUUGUGACUCUGUUCAGAUCCGCAACAAGAUCCUGAGAGCUGCCAGGAUUGUGUGAACCUUGGAAUUUCAAAGAAAAAGAACUAAAUAAAAACCGAAGAAAGCUCUUUGAACCGCCAAAUACACGCACCUCUUUCCUGGAAGGCGGAGCGAGUGGGAGGCUACCCCGUCAGUAUCACUCAGACAUUGCUAGUGUCAGUGGCCGC